CUGAGCAGGCGCAAUGGAUAAUUUCCGGGUCUGAUGGGCUUGUGAAACUUUUGAAGUCGUUCUUUGUUUUCUAGUUGGCCUGUAUUUCUCUGGUUAAGUUGCUGAGAUGAACCGUUUGUUCGGUAAAUCGAAGCCUAAGGCUCCACCUCCGAAUUUGACGGACUGUAUUGGCACGGUGGACAGCAGAGCAGAAUCGAUUGAUAAGAAAAUUUCUAGACUUGAUGCAGAGCUGGUGAAAUAUAAAGAUCAAAUGAAGAAAAUGAGAGAGGGGCCUGCAAAGAAUAUGGUAAAGCAGAAAGCCCUGAGAGUAUUAAAACAGAAGCGAAUGUACGAAAACCAACGGGAUAAUCUUGCCCAGCAAUCUUUCAAUAUGGAACAAGCCAACUAUACUAUCCAGUCCCUAAAAGAUACAAAAACUACGGUUGAUGCUAUGAAACUAGGAGUGAAGGAAAUGAAAAAAGCUUACAGCAAAGUAAAAAUUGAUCAAAUUGAGGACCUGCAAGACCAGUUGGAAGAUAUGAUGGAAGAUGCUGGUGAAAUUCAAGAAGCAUUGGGUCGUAGUUAUGGAACUCCAGAGAUAGAUGAAGAUGACUUGGAAGCAGAACUAGAAGCACUGGGUGAUGAACUUCUAGCUGAUGAAGACAGCUCCUAUCUUGAUGAAGCUGCAAGUGUUCCAUCAAUUCCAGAAGGCAUGCCAAGUGAAGUGAAAAACAAAGAUGGUGUACUGGUGGAUGAAUUUGGACUCCCACAGAUUCCUGCAACAUAAUUAUGAAGUUCAAAAUGAAUGUUUUUUUCAUAUACACUUCCGAGCAAAAACAAUUGUGGGGAUUGAGUCUGUACUUUUGCAAUAUCACGUAAUAACAGUAUGUUAUAAAAUAAUGGAUGAUAAUGUUUUUAGAAAAUAUUACAGCAUUAUAGUUUUUUUAUUAAUGCCAAGAAAUUAACAUUACUUUUCUUUCUGUAUGAUAUAUUCAGAGUUCUAAAACUUGGUUUUAUUGUUUGCGUAAAAGUAGUACGUUAAAAUAUUUAUAGAUUAUUUGUUUUAGAUAAUUGUGCUUUUUGAAUUUGCCAUCCCAUUUAAUUAUAGGUGAUUGCACUGUAUAAUCCAUUUUGACAUUCGCUGGUUAUUAAAAAGAGCCACUUGAUUUAAUUAUGUGAUUUUUUUUUUAAAGAUGUUUGGCUCAGUUAUUAUAAAAACCAAUGUGUUAAAAAGUUCAUCUGAAGUGUUUCUAGCUGGUAUGUAUGAUAAGCCUAUAAUUUUUUCAACAUCCAUAAAUUAUUUAUAAAUAAUAUGGCUUGAAUUGAAGAACAUAACCCUGAUUAAUAGCUUACUUGAUAGGAGAGUCACUUUGAGAAGAGAGGAGGUGACAGCAGGUAGUUCUAGAUUUUAACCAAGUCUUGUGCUUAUGCUAUGGUAUAAACUUGAAACAAAAUAUUUGGGGGUUGUAAUAAAAAGUUUUACUUAAGAUUGCCAUAGUUACUGGCAUUCAAAUUUCCAGAAACAGUGGCUGAUGUAAACCUAGGAUCCAGAAUGGAUGGUUUUGCCAGGGAUGCAGCUCUACUUGGUGAAGUUCAGAUUGUUGCAGCAUGCUUCUCUGCACAAGAACAGAGACCAGAGACCAAAUGUCAACCCCCCACCUGGAAAUUAAUGGUCUUAGCACACUGGAGGUGGUUUUUUCAAAUAUUUAUUAUCGGUGGCCUGGUUGAAACAUAGAAUAACCAUUUCCUAGUCAAUCAGUAAUGUACUUCUAAGCAUCUCUUCUCAUGCUCAAGCCUGCAGCCUUGUAUUGUAUGUGGAUUUGUUAUAGUGUUUUGAAUGAUGAAAUAUGAGCACAAAUGGAUUGAACAACUAUGGGUACUGGACUAGAGGUAAAUUUAUCAUCUUAAGAUCUAGACCACAGUAUUCAUGGAGGAAAAAGGUAAUAGAUUUUCUUAUAGUUGUAUCCACAAAAUCCAUCAAAGGGAGCUUUCUGGGACUGUCAGAUAGAUGACCCAGCCUUCAGUGGAUCCAUGACAUGUGAUAUCUGGAUAUUAUCUGCCUUUUUGAGUAAUAGUCAAAACUAUACCCAGAAUUUGCUAGGGUUACUUACUGUUACUUUGAGUGAUGCCAUACCAAAGUUGUCUAUUGCAAUAUCUUCUAAUAUGUCUGAAUCUGGUUCUUUGCAAAUUCCUUCAUGGAGGUAGGUAAGAUUAUUGGAUUUAUUCACAUCGUUGUUUUUAUACUGGAUCCUUAUCCUGAUCGCCUUGUAUGUGCCUCCAAGUAUUUUAUACUACAGAUUCUUCAAAACAGAAUCUCCUGCUGACCUAAAGUAGAUGGUGAUGCUAUCAAUGAUCAGCCAGGGUCCAAUGUUCUGAAUUUAGCCAAGCUGGGACUGCAGUUUGAGUGACUGUUACUUUGUCUUCAUCCUUUCCUGUCUAGAUUUAGACCAGAAUUUGGCAUGUAGAUAGACAAAAGCAGUAAAAGAAAUAUUAUACUAUUGAGACAUAUAAGGCAAUGCUAUUCACUCAUGGGCUGGGGAGUUGGACUUGCAUUCUGAUUGAUCCAUUUUCUUUGUGUUACAAGAAUGUUAUAGGAAUUUCUGUUUCACUUUUUGGAAAUCAUUAUGCAUCUAGUAAUAUUUCAACUUGCUAAGACUGGUCAUUGAUUGCAAUAAAGAUAUUGAUUCUG